UAUAAAAAAGGAAAUGAAAAAAUAAUAGUUAUUAGCAAAUGUGAAUGAGAUGGAUUUGAUUUUGGAUAAGUCUUCAACCUAAGGAGCUCUUUGGCUAGGCAAUCUAAAGGCAGCUCAAAAUAUUAAAUAAUUAAAAGAAAAUAACAUCCAAACAGUCAUAACAGUGGCCAAUAAUAUUAUAGUAAAUUUCAAAAAUACUUUAAAUAUCUCUCAUAAAGUAAAACUUAUUAUGAAGUCAGAUCUAUAAAGUUGAAGAUACAGAAAAAGCACAAAUAAUAGAAUAUUUCGAGGAAAUAAACAAAGAAAUAUCGACUGGGUUAAAUUAUGGUUCCGUUUUGGUACAUUGUGCUGCAGGAAUUUCAAGAUCCAGUGCAUGUGUGAUAGCUUAUAUUAUGAAAACUAAUAAAUGGACCUAUGAAAAAACUUUUUAUUUUGUAAAAGAAAAGAGAUUAGCAAUUAAUCCAAAUCCAGGCUUUAAGAAAUAACUUAUAUAAUAUAGCAAAAAUUUAGAAACUAAUAACUCAAAUUAACAUCUUGAUCUAAAGUAACCUAAAGAAUCUAAGGAUUUAACCCCUUUUACUUUAGGUUAUUCAAAUUCAUGGGGAAAACUCAAAAAAAAAAAUUUAUCUAAUCCUCAUGAAUUAGUGAGCUAACUCUCCUAAAAUUUAGUUAAAUCUCCUCUAAAAAAAAUUGAUUAAUUGAAUCGUACUUCAACUCCAGAAGAAAGAUAAAUUUAUAGAUAAUUAUUGGCAAAAAGGUUAUUUGUGAAUACAUUCUCGAGCAAAAAUUCUAUUUCAACUAUUAAUUAUCAAAGUGAAUAAUCCGGUUUAUAAAAGUAAAUAGUAGAAAAACAGCCUAUUAAGAUAAAAGCACAUUUAAGCAUGUACAAGAGAGUUGAAAUUAAUGUCUUGGAGUCUGAAAGAACACAAAUAUGA